GGCAAGGAGGCUUCCCUGGCUAAGCCCCAUCCCGCGGCGCCAAGAGAAUGUCUAGGGAGACCUUUGCCUUCACUUCCUCCACCCUGCGUGCGCUGCGCCUGCAGAGAGAGCGGCUGGAGUGGGAGGAUCGGCGGAGGGCUCUCUCGAGGCAAUGCCUGACCAGGAGGUUCCCACCGGCCACCAGCAGCUCCCUGCUCCCCAAGCCCGCCCGGCGUCCCCGGUACUGCCGGGACCCUGCUGUCCACAACAUCCUGUACACCGGCGACCUGCAGACCAUCAAGAACAUCUUCAAAGACGAGGCUGUCGCGAACGUGAUCGUGGAGACGGUCAGCGAGGAGCUGAUGUGGUCGGCAGAGCUGGGGCUGUGGGUCCUGAGCCCUCAGAAGAAGCACACGUCCCCCUUGCGGAUCGCGGCGGCCAGAGGCUAUCGGGACUGCGUGAAGCACCUGAUUCUGCAGGGGGCAGAGGUCGACGCCGUGGUGGGCGGGAAGGCCGCCCUCCAUGACAGCUGCAUCCACCAGCGUGCCGAGUGCGCCCAGCUGCUCCUGAACUAUGGCGCCAAUGCCAACGUGCUGUCAGAGGAGGGGCUGGCCCCGCUGCAUCUCUGCACCUCCCCGGAGACCUUGCGGUGCGCCGAGCUGCUGCUAGAGCACGGGGCCCUGGUGAACCUGAGCACCAGGGACAGGCGGACGACCCCGCUGCACGUGGCCGCCGAGCACGGCCUGGAAGCGCACGUGCAGCUCUACCUGUGCUACGGGGCCGCCCUCGCCCACCGGAACCAGGAAGGGGAGACAGCCCUCAACGCCGCCUGCGCCAGCGCCGACAAGCCCGCUGAGGCCGAGCGCUACUACAGGGUGGCCAAGCGGCUGCUGGAGUGCGGGGCCGACGCCAGGACGGCCGGCAGGAAGAACCACACCCCGCUCCACAACGCCUGCAGCAACUGCCACCCCCGCCUGGUGGCGCUGCUGCUCCGGCACGGGGCUGCCGUGAACGUCCGCAACUGCGCCGGCUACACGCCCAUGGACUGCGCCCUGCAGGCGGUGGAGGAGUACCUGGACGGGCAGCCCGAGAGCAUCAUCGCCACCUUACUGGACCACGGGGCGGCCGCCAUCAACCCCAAGAUGCUGAAGUUCUGCUCCUUGGCCCCCCGUGCCCUGGAAGUCGUGCUGAACUCCUACGACCGGAUCCCAUCCUGCGAUUCCUGGGUGGAAGUGGUGCCUCCGGAGAUGUGGCAGGAGCACAAGACGUUUUACGACUCUGCUCUCCAGAUGACGAACCAGCCCCGUCAGCUGCAGCACCUGGCGCGCUGCGCCGUGCGAAAGCACCUGGGAGCGCGGUGCCAUUCCGCCAUCCCCGAACUCAACCUGCCCCCGUCUCUGCGGGAUUAUCUGCAGCUCCCUCUUGAGGGCUACAUCCGGUGAAAGAGAAGAUGCAUCCUUCAGGCGUGUUAUUUGGGGAAUGGCUUUGAAUUGCUGAUGGGUGACUGAGAUCCCAACGCACCAGGGCCUGUAAUAUUCUGUCAGUCGACUCAGGCCGAGUAGUAGCCCUGUGUGCUACUUAUCGAGUAAAUUGCCGCUCAGCGGGAGUGUGGUUGGCAGAAUCUAGCCC